AUGUCCUCUUCGUCCACUUCGCAUCAACCUUCCAUCGGACGCUCGUUCUCGGAGCUUCAAAAGAAGGAAGAAACAUUAGCUAAAAUAUAUGGCUACGAAGCUGAUGUUCAUCAUGAUUCCGUUCUUUACAAGAAAGAAAAACCAAAGGCUUCCUUUGGAGAAUUUUUAUCCAGUAUUUCAAAGGCUCAACAUACUAACACGGGUACGAAUAAGCGAAAGUCUAUACCUGCUCACGCUCCAGCAAAAACACUAGAUAUUGCUUUUCCUGUUACACCUAUGAAUACGCAUAGCAGCAAAUAA